AUGAGACUGUGGUUCUGUCUAAGUUUCCUCAUCGUCCUGUGCCUGGAGCAUUUAACAGGAACCCUGGCAGCUGAAAGGAAGAAUCGUGACUACCCCAUAAGAACCCACUUACAUGGCCAUCAUAUACCAAAGAAGAAUCGUGACUACCCCAUAAGAACCCACUUACAUGGCCAUCAUAUACCAAAAAAUGUUCCAGAGAGUGAAGAAAAAACUGAGCAGUCCCUGCGGGAUUUGUCUGAGAUCAGCCGCCUACAAAGACGUCCAGCGGGGUUCACCCCUUUCCGAGGAAGAUUCCAUAGCCAGUCCCUGCGGGAUUUGUCUGAGAUCAGCCGCCUACAAAGACGUCCAGCGGGGUUCACCCCUUUCCGAGGAAGAUUCCAUAGCCAGUCCCUGCGGGGUUUGUCUGAGACCAAGAGGUUAAAAGCUGAACCCAAAAUCGAAUGGAUCUACCCGGAGACUUUGCUGUGUAAAAAAAGAUAGAUUUGAAAGUAGCGUCCCCUGGUAUAAAAAAGCAUUGUUAUGUCACAUGGUGUCACCUCUGUAAUACCAGCUCUGAUAUGGUUUAUUAAACAGCAGAUUUGUGCUCUCA